GUUUCAAAGAAAAUUCAAGAACUUUCAACUGUUGUUCACGUAAAUAAUUUCAAUUUGUCAGUACCAAUGCAUCUUUUCAUUACUUUCCUAUUGGUUAUUUGCGUUAUUUUCAUGGUGCAAGCUUGUGCUCCACCACCACCAGCACCACCACCACCACCACCACCAGGGGGAAUGGCCCCCGAUGAUCCUCAAGCACGGCGAAGAGUUCAGAAGAGAGAAGUACUAAAAGAAGAACGAGCAGUACCGGAACCAUCACGAGAGCAUGAUGAGGCAGAUGGUACAGGAGAAGAGGUGCCAAAAGGACUGAAAGGUAGAAAAGAGCCACAACGAGACGAAGGACUACCAAAAACAUGA